AACAUAGUGGCAAAUAGAUAUGACGGUUUCUGUUGUACCUUCCGUGUCUAUCUCUUCAUUUCUCCGACAAACCCGAAACGCUAGAACCUUCCCCAUCAUCACAUUGAUCCGGUGCUCCUCAUCAAAAUCAUCGACCAUGGAGGAGCAUCCAAAGCGCGUGGUGGUCUGCGGCGGCGGAGUCAUCGGAGUCUGCACGGCUUAUUUUUUAGCGAAGAGAGGCGCCGCCGUGACGCUCGUCGAGAAAUCCGCCGUGGCAUGCGCCGCUUCCGGAAAAGCCGGUGGGUUUCUCGCUCUCGACUGGUGCGACAGUGGGGCCCUCUCUUCUCUCGCCCGCGCCAGCUUCGAUCUCCACCGUUCACUAGCCCAAGAACUCGACGGCCCCCAAUCCUACGGCUACAGACCCCUCACCACUCUCGGCCUCUCCAUCGCCGAAACCGAGUCCCAAGCCACUCCCUCCGCCUCCGGUUCCAAACCCUCCAGUGUGCCUAAUUGGGUUGAUGGGCCGGUUCGGAGCCCCAAAAUCAUUGGGACCCCUGAUACCACGGCCCAAGUUCACCCCCAGUUAUUCACUCGGACCCUGAUUUCGAAAGCGGUUGAGAAUUACGGUGCGGAGGUGGUGAUUGGGAAAUUGGAGAGCGUGGAGGUGGAGGAAGGCCGAGUCAAAUCGGUGGCGCUCGAAGGUGGCCGAGUUAUUGAGUCGGAUGCGGUGGUUUUGGCGCUUGGACCUUGGUCUUGUAAAUUGGAGCUAUUGUCAUCGAUAUUUAGAGUGCACGGUUUGAAAGCUCAUAGCAUUGUUUUGGAGCCUAAAAACCCCGAUUCUAUAACCCCACAUGCACUUUUCCUAACUUACCAUCCAUCUCAAGGAGGAAAACCCUUGGACCCCGAAGUGUAUCCUCGUCCCACAGGGGAGGUGUACUUGUGUGGGAUGUCUGCGGAGGAAGAGGUACCGGAUGAUCCGGAGCAAAUAGUUGGGAACCCGGAGGCGAUAAAGGUGCUAAAGAGGGUGGCUAAGACUGUGUCGAGUCAAUUGGGGGAAGGAGAGGCGGAAGUGAAGGCGGAGCAAGCGUGUUUCUUGCCUUGUACUGAUGAUAGUGUGCCUGUGAUAGGGGAGGUUCCGGGGAUUCGAGGUUGUUAUGUGGCAACUGGCCAUAGUUGUUGGGGUAUUUUGAAUGGUCCUGCCACUGGGGCUGCAAUGGCUGAGCUUGUGUUGGAUGGGCGUGCUUCAAUUGUGGAUCUUACUGUGUUUAGUCCUGCUAGAUUUGUUGGGCGUAGCAGGAGAGGAAAGGUUUGAUUUUAUUUUGUUUAUUUGGGUGUUGGUUGAAGUUGAACCAUAAAUAAUUAGAUGAUCCUGUUGUGGUAAUUGUUUCUAAAUAAAUCUUCAGUUUUGUCUGUAUCAAAAUGCCACUACAAGUGCAACACUACUCAUGGAGUUUCACUUUGGUCAGUUAUGUUAUACAUAAUAACAUACUACUUCAAUAGAUUGAAAACUAGAGUAUAUUGCGGAUGCCUUCUUA